UGGUUUGCGACAAACAGUUCGUCAUUCUCACUUUUGGUAGUUACAUGUGCGGAAAUGUUGACCUUUUAGUUUUAAGAAGUGAUGAAAUAGAUCCGUUUUCGACGUCUUUUUGUUAAAAGAAACAUUUAAAAAAAUGGGUUUAAAGCUUUCUAAGUUGAAGCAACAUAAAGUGUUACAAAACAUGUUCUAUGUGAAUGUCCUGACUACAGGCGGAUUAUUGGCGGCUGGGGAUGUUAUUACUCAGCAAGUAGAAAUGGCGAUGGAUGAGGAUCGCACUCAGAAGUUUAAUCCGAAACGGACAGAGCGGAUGUUUUUAAUUGGGUUAUGCCUGGGUCCAUUUGGUCAUUUAUGGUAUACAAAAUUUGUGGAAAAGCUGGUACCAGGAGCACCCAGCACCACAACAGCACUGAAGAAAAUUCUGGCCGAUCAAAUAAUUGCUGGUCCAUUUUUCUGCAGUGCCUUCUUUUUUGGAAUGGGAUUAUUAGAAGGCAGAGGUAUGUCUGGUGCUGUAGCCGAGGUGAAAGACAAAUUCCUCACAGUUUACUUGAUUGAUUGGUGUCUUUGGCCUCCUGCACAGUUCAUCAACUUCAGGUUUCUGCCUGUUGAAUACCGUGUUAUAUACGUUGCAUGUAUAACUCUCUGCUGGAAUGUCUUCUUAUCCUACUUUAAGCACAUGGAUUCACCUAGGUAUCAGAAUACAGAAGAACAAAUAAAGAAAUGAUAAUAAGAAAAGAUAUAAUUAUCAGUAUUUGAAACAAUUAAUUUAUUCAAACAAUGUGAUUUAAUUAAUUUAAACAGACAUCUUUGAUUAUGUAUAAAUUAGUGUACAUGUAACUGCUUGAUAUAUGAGAUUCCAAAGCAAGAACUAUAUGUAUACAUUAAUGUAUAUGCUUGAUAUGCGAGAUUCCAAAGAAAGGGCUAUAUGUAUAGAUAAAUGUUUAUGCUUGAUAUGCGAGAUUCCGAAGAAAGAACUUGAUGGAGUAUCGGGUAGGCAUUUAUGUGUAAUGGUCCCUGUAUUUGAACUAUCUAGGUAUAUUUAUUAUAAUUAUGUAUUUCUUGUUUAUACAAAAAGUUAUAUCUUGUAUGUGUAUUUAUACCUUUGUUUUAUAAUUCUUGUUUACUCCAUGCUUUUGUGAUAUAUUUUAUUA